AGCGCCAUCUGUUGCAGUGUUUCAUAAUUAACUAGCUAAACGUAUAGAAUAACAUCCAUGAACUUUUCAUUUCGUAUUUCAAACCGGAUAUGUGAAGGUCGUGUGCUCACGGCUUUACCCGUGUCACGAUAGUACAACUCUGUGUAAACAAAUCGAUUCCAUUUAUUAUCACGCUAAGUAUUUAAAGUGACAAAUCCGUUCGCUGAGCGCUUUAUCAAAAUUGACUAUAAACAGCUAGUCUUCGGUUGACGGGCAGUAUAGUUCUGAUAUCGUGAGGAAAACAUGGCUAAUAAAGUCGCUGCGGUCACCGGCUCCAACAAAGGCAUAGGUUAUGCCACCGUUGCAGAGCUCUGCAGGCGAGGUGUUACAACAGUUUACUUGUGUUCAAGAGAUGUUGGCCGAGGAAAAGCAGCUGUUGAGAAUUUAAAGAAAGAAGGUUUUAACCCACUAUUUCACCAACUUGAUAUCACUGAUAAAGGCAGUGUCAGGGCUUUUGCUGCUCAUUUAAAAGGAAAACAUGGUGGCUUGGAUAUUUUAAUAAACAACGCUGCAGAAAUCACAACAGAAUUCAUAAAAACAACUUACAACGACGCGAGAAAAGUGAUUGAUACUAACUAUAAUAGUGCUUUCAUUAUUCAAGAAUAUUUGUAUCCUAUACUGAAGGAUAAUGCUAGAGUUAUAAAUAUUUCGAGUGAUUGUGGUCAUAUUUCGAAUUUGAACAACAAAUACUGGAUUGAGAGGCUGACAAAGAAUGAUGUGAAAGUAGAAGACGUUAAUGCGUUCGUCGACUGGUUCUUGGAUUCAGUAAGAAAUGAAACACUAAAGGUGGAAGAUUUUAAGGAGCCUUUCUUUCUCCCAUACCGUAUCUCUAAAAUUGCAUUAUGUGCGUUAACGAGGAUUCAACAAAGAGAGAUUGGACGUGGUAUAUCUAUAAACUCGUUGCAUCCGGGAUUUGUGCAGACAGAUAUGACAAAGACGGUUGUUCCUGAGUACUUGGUUGAACUAAUGAAGCAGAAUCCUAAAUUGACUGAGCAUCUUGGAAGAGUUCCUCUAGAGAAGUCGGGAGAGGCCCCUGCGUAUUUGGCUUUGGACGUUGAUCAAUCCGUGAAAGGAAGGUAUUUUUGGCACGAUAAAACGGAGAAAGAUUGGGCUGAUCCAAAUUUGGACGUAUUGGCAAAAAGUGAAGAUUUCAAAAAAGUGAUGAAGAAUUCAGGUAUAGAAAUACCCAAUCUGCAACCAAUAUAUUAACAUUUACGUCUCAUAAUCCAGUGUAAGGACAAUAAGUUAUUAGCUUCAUUUUAGGUCUCUGAGUAAUCGUUUUAAACAUAAUAGUACAAGACAGGUAUAAUACAAGAUGUUUACCGUCAAUAUAAAAAAAAUUUGUUACAAUACGUUAAUUCAAGAAAACACUAUUUUAAACUUUAAGUGAAUAAAUAUCAAGUUUUAUAAGGGUAAUAAAUUAAUUGUAACAAAGCGUAUUUUAAUUUAUCAAGUCUCGAAUGGGUUAAAGUGCUUACUUUAAAAUUCCAUAUAAGAAUAAAAUUUGUUCCCGAGCGCCUGGAAUGCCUCUCACUGAGGAAGCUCGGCGUUACAUCUCGAAAAAUAACUUAAAAAUCAUAAAUUCUCUUUGAAUUCCCAUGCCAGGGUAAAAUAUGAGCGUUCCUAUGAAUACGAGUAACGAGAAACGAGAUUUGGGAUUUUUAUGUUAAAUUGCACUAAACCUUACAAGAUGGUCCCGCAGAAGAGGCAAGUAUGUAUAUUAUAUAUUAUAUAACAGCUACAAAGUCAUAAUAUACAAUGAAAGUACCUACAUCAUUAAUGCGCUUCAUAAACACACGGAUGUUAUUAUCUUGCCUAGAUAACACUUUGACCGCUGUUAGAGUAAAAAGUUUCAUUAACUAUAGUUACCUACCUAUUUAGUUAAUUAUUGUUGUUGAUUAGAUAUUGCUUAAUCUUAUUAAUAUAUACCCUUAUUUUUGUUAUUUUUACAAUUGACGAUUGCGUCUGUUACGCAAUUUCUGCAAAAAUCUGCAAGUUGCAUGACGGGAGCAGUUAAGCUUUCUUUUGUAUCUUCCUUAGUUUUGUAAUGCACAUAAUUGAAAGUAUCCAUACUAUAUCUAUUACUGCCUGAAUUAAAGUUAAAUAGUUCUAGAUUUUUUUUUAUAAUAUCAAAUGACAAAUAUAUUGCAAAUGGUAUGUAACGUAAAUCAAAAUAUGUCCUUUAGUACAUUUGAAAUAAGUUACUUAAACAGAUAUUUUUUGUAACUACAAGUAUACUUCAAAAUACGGUUGUUUGUAUUAAUGUUAGACAUAACUGGUUGAUGACUGACACCAUCUCAGUCAGCCAUGACCAUGAGACCAUGUGAUCAAGAA